GCGCACCUGCGAUCUUGCGUCCAUAGCAGCCACAUGCACCUGUUCCCUUGCAGCUACAUGGUUCGCCCUUCGCAAAGUCUAUAGGCCUGAGCCUUGUGCCAAGUUUCCAAUUGCUUGAGGAUAUUUUUUCUAUAUAAUGGAGUGUAAACAAUAUUUUGGUGCCCUUAUUUUAGCGGCUCUCGCGGAAAUUCUGAAAUCUCAAACUGACGAUGUUGGAAGAGUUGAAAUUCGGACACCGGAUAUCAAGAAGUUUGUAGGUGUGGACGAACCCAUAUGGACAUACAAAGCAACUGGAAAUACACGUGUGGAAUGCAAAAUGGACAUGAAGCGGAGAAUAACCAAGCGCUCAAUACAUUUCAGGAGAGUGUACAUCUAUGCGAAUCAAACGUUUUCAACUGAACUCGAGGGAACCUUUAAAAAGGUACACACGGAUAAAAUGUAUAUACAAAGAAAGAGGGCUCCCUUCUACGAGUUGGAGCAGAUGAUAUACAAACCAAGAAGAGCAAAGUGCGCAGUCAUAAUGAUAACGUUGAUUAGCCAUGUUCUAUCAAUACCUCCACUACGAUGGUACGAACUCCGUGUACAUAAUUCAGCGAUUGGCGAGCCCAUUCAUCCAAAUUGUACCGUGCAGCUCGAUGAACUGGGACUGCAAGAACGGCUUGUAUACACGGAGGAUUGCCAUUCAAGACUAGGUAAUGUUUCAGGAAUCCACGGAGAAUAAACUUACCAAAAUUUACCACAACA